AUGAAUAAAUUAUUCACUUUAAGUCUACUAUUUUCUAUUUCUAUAGCAUAAAUGACAUUCUAAAAGACAAAUUUAGAAAAUGAUUAGGAACAAUUCUACAUUUUAAUUCAAAAUUAGCCUAUUACAGGAUUUUGUUUCAUGACUAUAAAUUUGAUUGAAGAAAAUAAUGAUUUUGCUAUUGAAGAAGCAGAUGGAUUUAAAUUAAAUUUUAUAUAAGGAAGUGUUGGACUCUAAACAAAUAUUAUGUUUGCUGGAGCCUACUCAUAUUAAUACAAUUCUUGUGUAAACACAAUAGAAGUUGAUAUUGGGCCUAUAAAGACAUUACAUUUAAAAGCCAAUAUACUUAUAGAAGUUAUCUUUAAAGGAUCUACAUAACAAAAAUUAUAUUCUUAAUUAAUUUCUUAUAAUCAAUAUAUCAAUACAAGUAUUAUUUAUUACAUAAUUUAGAUUUGAAUAUUAAAACAGAUUCUUAGGUCACUAGCGCAAUAUGUAAUUUUAAUAUUACAUAUAAACCUAUAAAUUUUAUAAUUGAAGAAGAUUAAAUUGUUAUUACUUUUCCUUAUAGAGAUGAAGAUGCCAUUGUUCCAAAAUCAGAAUAUUUUAACUUUAAAACACCAAACUGUAGAAUUGAAUAAGAUGGUCACUUAGAUGAUUCAAUUUUAUGCUAUUUCCUAUAAAAUUAACUUAAAAUAACCAAAAUUAAUUCUUAAUCUGUCUUAAAUAUAAUAGUAUAGGAUUUUGUAAAUCCAUAAAACCUAAAAGAGAUUAGCAAUAUUUAAUUUGAGUUACAAAGAUUUUUUACAUCAAAAUAUUUUAUAGUUGAGAGCUCUGUUUUAAGCUAUUAAAGUACUAUAAUCAACUAAGAUAUUUUUGCAUAUCUAAUUUAAAGUGACGAUCAUAUUAACACUUUAAAUAAUUUUCAAAUAUAAAUUAAAUAUUAGGACUUUUUAUAUUAUGAUACAAUUAUGAUUAUUACAUUUCCAAAUCAAUUCCUUAAUACUUAACCAACCAUAACAUUAAGUGAUAAUUUGAAUACCAAUUUUAUAGCUAAUUUUGUUGAUUAAACUUUAACUUUGUCCAAUUUUAUCAAGAAUGAAGGUAAAUAAUCUAAUAUAAUAUUAUCAUUUUAAAUUCAAAACCCUUUAAUUUAAAAAAUAUAUCAAGGUUUAAAAGUUAAAUUUAUUUGGCAAAAUUUUGAUAUAGCUGAAUCUAUUCCUUAGAAUAUUAUUUUCAGUCCAUUAACCUUUAAAUCAUUUAACAUGGAAAGUUCAAAUAAAAAUCUUAUUGAAUAAACUUAAUUAUGCUUUACUUUUGAAUUUGCCAAAAGCUUUUAUGAAUAUUCUUAUUUAGAAAUAAAUUUCUUUUCAAACAUAAAUUUUGAUUCUUUAGUUAGCAUAACUGAAUCAUAAAAUAUUAAUUCUAAUUCAUAAAUAGAUAUGGACGGGAAAAAUGUCAAAAUUAAGAAUAUUUUCAUAAAUUCUUAAUUUGAUAAAUAAACUCAUUUCUGUCUUAAUGGAAUUUAUAAUCCAUCUUAUAUUGAUCAAGAUAAUGAAAGCUAUACUUUUUCUAUUAUGUUCGAUAAUUUUUAAUAGGUUAUUAAUAAUUAAAAAUAAUUUUUAAAUCUAUAACAUGGAUAUUUAGAAAUAAUUUCUUUGAAACAAAAUUAAGAAUAAACAAAUUAAAAAGAAAACAUAAUUAAUUUAAGUUUUAAGUCAUAAACUGGCUUGUUAGAAAAUGACUUUAUUCUCAUUUAUUUCGAUUUAAAUAAUUACUUUUUAGAAAGCCUUUUGAGUGAUAAUAAUCAAUUAACAUGUGAAAUCAAUGAGAAAUAGAGUUCUUGCUCCCUUUAAGAAAAUACUUUAAAAAUAUAAACAUCCACAAUUUUCAAAGCUAAAUCUUUAUUAAAUAUUUAAAUCAAUAAUUUUAUAUCUAAUCGAUCUCUUAAUCCAAUCAAUAAUAUAAACAUUAAAACUUUUCAUAAAAUUUAUUUAAUUGACAUUUUACCUUAUUCCCCAAACUUAAGUGUAUCAAAACCUAAUAAUUUGGAUUAUUUUGUUGUUGAAGCUAUUAAAAAUUAAUAAACAUAAUCUAUUUCAAUCUAAAUUCACAUGUAAUUUAGAAUCCCCCUCAAAUAGACUGAUUCAAUCAUUAUUUUAAUACCAUAAAAAAUCAAUUGUAAAAAUUGUAUUUGUUCGUUUCAUGAAUGUACAAUAACUAAUUAAAAAAUUACUUUAAAUAAUUUAUAUGAUAUUAAUAAAAUACUUUACAUUGAGAUUUUAUCAGCCUAAAAUACAGAUAAUUCUUUAUCAAUACCCCAAACUUAAAUUCAAGUUAAAGAUUAACUUGGUUUUUUAAUAUAUGAAGAUUAAACUUAAUUGACUACAUAAAUUAAUUAAUUUAAAAAAUUCAAAUUAACUCCAGAAUAUGAUUAUAUUGGAAUUCGUUCAAAUUAUUUCCUGCAAUUCAUUUCUAGCAUAAAUAUUAAUCAAAAGAACACGCUUAUUUUAGAUUUUGAUCCCGAUUUCAACCUAAAUUAAAUACAAUGUCCUUAAGAGUAUUAAUGCCAUUUAAAUUAGAGCCAAUUAAAAUUGAACUUCCUCUUUUAAAUUUAAUAAAAUCAGAAUAUUACUUUAUUGAUUGAAUCAGUUAUAAAUCCAAACUCUAUGAAUUCUCUAUAUUUUUACACUUUAUCUUAAUAUAAUGAAAAUAAUACUUUGGUGUAAUAAAGUUCAAUAAAAUCAGAUUAUUUUAGAUGUUAAUUUGACAACUGUAUUCUUUGUUAUUCUGAUUAUUGUUAAUAGUGUGAGAAAGGUUUAUUAAAACUCUCUGGAAAGUGUUUAUAUGAUUGUCCAGAAGGAUAUAUAAUUAUUAAUGAAAGCUGCAAAAAGUGUGAAACUACAAAUUAUUGCUCAACAUGCUCAUCAAAUAACUUAUAAUAAUGUUUAUAAUGCUAAGAUGGGUAUUUUUUAGAGAAUAAUAUUUGUAUUAAAAUAGAUUUUAUACUAAAUAAUCAUCUUAAUACAACAUCUCCAAAUGAAAAUAAUAGUUUAUAGAAUUCAACCUCUAAUUAUAAUUCAGAUAUUCUAACCUAAAAUAAAAUUGUAAAAAAUAAUACUAAAAAAUCAUACUCUUUGGGUUUACUCAAUUAUUUAGAAGCAGGAUUUAUUUGCUCAUUAAUACUUUAUAAAUUAGUAAAUAAAAAUUUUUCGAUGUUUUUUACUUUAUCAAUAAUGCUUGGAUUUUCAAUCCCAAUUUUUAGAAUAUUUUCAUUAGUAUUUUUUACGAUUUAAGAAUAAUAUCUAUUUUCAUCAUUUACUUUGAUUUUAUUUUUUUUGAGUUAAUUGUAAAGUUUUCAUUUUCAAGCUUAGAUUGAGAUUCCAUUAUUAACAGAUAUACUAUACAAAUAAAAUGUUUAAAAAUAAAAUUACUUUUAUAUAAACAAUUUACUAUUUAAAUUUUUAGAUUUUAGAAUAAUUUGCAUGUUAAAAAGCAGAUUAGCAAAAUCUAAUUUAUUUAAUUUUUCAUUUAAAUACAAUGAAGAAAUUAAAAUUGCUCUGGCCACAAAUUACAAACGAUUAACAACAGUAUAAAAUCCUCUUUAAUUUGGAUUGCUUCUAACUGCCAUAAUUUUUUAUGAGACAAAUAAGUAAAAUUUAUUUAAAAUAUUUAGUUAUUAAUUUGAGUUCUUGAUAUAUUCUUCGGUGGAGUGGUUGGCGAAUGCAAUCAUAUUAUACUAAUUAAAGAAAAAUUAAUUCUGA